GCCAGAAUUUAUUUGAUUUGGAUAUGUCACCAAUAGAAAGGAGCGAAGGUGAUUUUGAAUGGGAUAUGCUGCCUGAUAUGGAGACGCUCGCAGAUCGGAACCUAGAGACCUGCGCUGACGCUGCAGCCCCAACAAGUUGCAUCUUUGCGAAGCCUGUCGCUGAAGGGUAUCCUACGUCAUCUUCAUCUUCAUCCGAUACAACCACAAAUAAGCACAAGAGACUGGUCGGCACUGAGGCAUUUGAUCAGAAUAAGAAUGAAUACGGAAACACUGUGAAGAUAUCACAGAACUACUACUACUUCCGCAACGAGGGCACAAAUCCAAUCUCUACUCGUGGUUGUGCAGAGGCUUGCACAGGAGGCCAAACGUUGGAAUCAGAUGUGGAUGUAGUCGUGAAUCAGGCACAUGCAGACGGUGCGGGCCAGCAAGGCAAGUCCAAGAGUCUCCAGGACCAACACGUGAGUCGUACCAAAGAAGUAGUCGAUGCAGAACGCAAAAGCAAAGUCGCAAAUCCUGCGAUGAAUGCAAAGUCUUGUCUUAUUUCUUUUGAUCGGUC